AUGGCAUCUGAGACUAACAGCAGCAGCAUCGUUGAGGGCUGGCUGCGGUCUGUGGAUAUGGUUCAGUACACCCAGGCAUUUCUAGACAACGGAUACGAUGAUUUGGAGGUAUGCAAGCAAAUCGGAGAAGCUGAUCUGAACGCCAUCGGCGUGCCCAACGACCAUCAACGGGAGAAACUGCUGCAGGCCGUUAGAGUGCUACGGGAGGAAGGAGGCGCCGCUGUAUACUUCACGCUGGAAGACUGCGACAACUGUCCAGCCGGUGACCGGGCUGAGAUGGGCGACGGCAGCGAUGAAACCUCGGGUUUAGUCGCAGGUUCGGCUGUCGCUGGCAAGUGUUUGGAAGCCGCGCGGUCCGAAAGCAGCAGUUUGUGCCUGGACCUACACGACCUGGGCAAGCAGAGCUUGGUUACUUACCCCAAAGCACAGCUGGGCUAUAUCCUACGUGACAAGUUAGUUCUGGAGAACAUCGACCUGUCAGAGCCGCCCUACACAACCCCGGUAAGUCCCCAUUGUAUAUGUGUUCAGCAUGGCUCCCGCUUUGUUCUCGAUCGUAUGUUCAGUACAGAUUUUUGA